UACAACUCCCGGCGUGCCCCGCGCCCGGACCACAACUCCCGGCGUGCUCCCCAGGGCGAUUCGACGGUGGCCGGAGUGGGCCAUGGGGCACUCAGACAUGGCGCGUGUUCCGCACGUCGUGGCCGAUACGGGCGCGUUCCUGAGCGCGGCCCCGCUGCAGGACAUCGCAGACGCGCUGUACACCGUGCCCGAGGUGCUGGCUGAGAUCCGCGACCGGCCCGCUCGCCGCCGCCUCGCCGCGCUGCCCUGCGAGCUGCGGCUCCGCCGCCCCCGCCCCGAGCUGCUGCGCCUCGUGACCGAAUUCUCCAAGAAGACCGGGGACUACGCGAGCCUCUCGGCCGCCGACCUGCAGGUGCUCGCCCUCACGUGCCAGCUCCAGGCUGAGAUCGACGGCCCCGGCUGCCUCCGCUGGGAGCCGCAGGACAAGGUGCGGCUCAGCUCCACCCCGCGGCACCCCGAGGCUCCCCUGCACCUCGCCGGCUUCCACCUGCCCGCCAAGCACAAGGCCGCGGGGAAGGGCCCGCGCCAGCCCGGCCCCGGCAGCGGCCCGGCCCCCGCGGAGAGCGACCCGUUCGGAUCCUUCCUGUACUGGCGGCCGCCCCUGCCCAGCAUCGAGGAGGAGCUGCGGGAGCUGCUGGCCAUCUCCGGCAGCCCCGAGCCCCCCGAGGAGCACCGGAGCCCUGCAGGUGGGGCCAGCGCUGGUGAAGAAGAGGAGGAGGAGGAGGAGGAGGAGGAUGAGGAGAGUGAUGACGAAGGCUGGAUAACUCCCAGCAACCUGAAGCAGGCCCAGCAGGACACGGGGCACUGCAACACUGCUCCCAUCGGUGUCCAGGUCGGCUGUGUCACCACAGACUUUGCCAUGCAGAACGUGCUGCUGCAGAUGGGUCUCCACGUGCUGGCCGUGAACGGGAUGCUGAUCCGCCAGGCCCGGAGCUACAUCCUGCGCUGCCACGGCUGCUUCAGGAUCACCUCGGACAUGACCAAGGUGUUCUGCCCCCACUGUGGUAACAAGACCCUCAAGAAGGUGGCAGUGAGUGUCAGUGACGAUGGGAGUCUCCACAUGCAUUUCUCCCGCAACCCCAAGGUGCUGAACCCCCGGGGGCUCAGGUACCCGGGGCUGAUCCCUCCUCUCCCGCAGUACCCGCUGCCGGCGCCGCAGGGUGGGAAGCACGCCAACAACCCGCACCUGGUGGAGGACCAGCGCUUCCCGCAGCAGCGCCUGUCCCGCAAGGCCAGGCAGAAAACCGACGUCUUCGACCCCGACUACCUGGCCAGGGCCUCUCCCUUCGCCGAGAACGACGUGCACAGCCGGGCCGCGCACCUGCACCUGCGCGACGCCGCCCUGGGCGCCGGCCGCCGCCGCCUCAACCCCAACGCCGUCACCAAGAAGUUCGUGAAGAGGAGGUGAGGGGCAGGACGGGCCCUGCCUGCCCUGCCCAGGUGUGGUGGUGGCUCUGCCAGGGCCAGGCCAUCCUGUCCCCGCUGCGCUGGUGCCCAGAGAGCCGCCGUGGCUCUGCCCGGCCCUGGGCAGGGGCUGUGUCACCCAAUAAACACCAAACCCCAAAGCACCGUGA